AUGUCCGUUUCUUGCUCUUCCAUUGAUGUGAUCAAUGGAGGUACGUAUGACUAUUCGUCGUAUUGGUCCAUGAGUGCUGGCGCAGAGGUAGCCAGCUUCCCAGUGAUGACUAUCGGAGGACCGACGGACGAUAGUACUUGGCUCUACGUCAUUGUCCGUCAAAACAUUGCCUCUGUGAACGUGGGAGGAGAAUACGAUGUGUCUCUGGCCUGGUCAAUGUCUACAAAUACCUCUAGCGAUGCAGCAAGCUGUCUCUUGGAGGUUGCAGUGGACUCCAAGACCAUCAUUGCGACUGGCCAAUCUGCUGCUGGUGUCCGUGCAGUGACUGGUUCAUGGGGAACAGCAACGGGUACUUACACACCAACUGCCUCGACCGGGCUCCCCUUUGUGAUCACCAUUAGCUGUUCUGAGGGCGCCUCGGCUGAUAGCCCUAUUGUGGGCUUGGCUGAUAUUUCAAUGGUCUCCUCUUCAUGUUCUGCUACUACUGGAACAUCGUCCACAUCAAUUUCGAGCGACUAUUCGUCUACAGCUACUACUCCGACAUCUUCAAGCUCUGUUUCUACUAUCACCACCAGUAGCGAUGGCAUAAUCUCGACCGACGCCCUCAGCACCGCUACAUCUUCAACCGGUAACGAGUCCUCGGGUGUUGCUCCUACCACUACCAGUAGCGACAAUCUGAUUCCGACUGAUUCUCUUAGCACCAUUAUAUCCUCAGCUAGGACAGAGUCCUUAAGCGCUAAAGUCACAUCCUCGACUUCUGCGGUCACAACCUCCUCCUCCACAACUUCAGCAACAUGGACCGCGUCUACUGGAACGACUACAACGGAGGAGGAUGGGUCCACCACAUUGACUGGCAGCACUACCGACGGCGACUCAGUUGCAGCGAGCGUAUCAGUUGACACAGAUGACUCGAAUAGUGCAGUGUCUGGUACAGUAUCUGUAUCCACUACCUCCACAACACGGAAGCGAGAUACUCUUUCAUGUACCUUGUACGUUUCACAGGACUCAGAGGUGAUUUCCACCACGGUAGUUGAAGCUGGACACUCCGCUUCUUUUGUCGCCUGUCUUGCAGCCGAAUCUUCAGAUAUUGUUGAUAUCUUGGUUGAAUGUUCUGGUUCUGGCGGGACUGUUAAGGUUUCUGAGUUGACCGUGGACUCUGAUGCGGCCGUGGAAGAGGCAUGUGCGACAUCUACAUCUACUCCGAGCUUGGUUUCCUCCAAAUCUAUCCUUGCCGUGAACCCCAAUCAUACUGGGUCGACAUCUAUAAUGAGUACUCCAUUGCACACUCUGACAAAACCAAGUCACUCCACAUCUAUACCUUUCAAUAGCUCUAAGCCAGGGUUUGGCUCUGGCCAAGUCACCACCUCCACUAUUCUCGCCACCCGGACCAGCACCAUCACCGCAUGUCCUUCCACUGUUACCAACUGCCCAGCUCGUGACAGGACCACUUAUCUUACCACCGAGACUGUUACUGUGGGAACCACUGUCUGCUCUAUUACUGAAAGUGCCAAACUCAUACAUACUGGCUCCCCGUCGCGAAGUGAAGAUCAUAAUAGCUCUGCUGAGCAAAUGACCACUUCAACUGCUUUUAUUAUACGCACGUCGACAGUUGAGACUUGUCCAUUUUCCGUAAAGGACUGCCCUGCGACCUCGAAGUCCACUUUUGUCACUACAGAGACACUUGUUGACUAUACCACCAUCUGCCCUGUGACUGCCGCCCAGGCCACUGAAACCCCGAGCUUUGUUGCUUCAUUCACAACUGAAGUUGAUUCUAGUGACUCUAUUAGCUCUGGUUCUCCUACUGGUUCGAAUUCAAGCUCUGUUUUAGAAUGCUCUACCUCCACCAUGGACACCACACACCUGACCACCAAUACCAUACCAUCUUACACAAAGACAUACUCAUUGGCCGCUACCGAGUUGCUUGAUAGUUCACCCACCGCCUCAGCUAGUUCUUCAACGCUGAAGGAUGCUGUUGAUACGUCUAUGCUUCCUACUACGACCGAUUUUGAAACCGCAAUUGAAUUGACCGGAAUAUUACAUGUCGUGUCUGCUACUACUGCAGCGGGAUCUAUUGAGACUGCUAAAAGUAACUUCCGUUCUCUAGAUUCUCUGCAGUCUACAAUCAGGAGCGCCAAGUCCCCCCCACACAGCGUCAGUGAUAUAGCCAGUGCAGCUAAAUUGACUGUGGGAUUCGAUCCAUUGUCUACACAAGCCGCAGCUGCCUCUGGCCUUGCCACAAGUGUUGUGGUGGUAUCUUCUGAGACCAUAACUACCAAGGCGGUUUCCUCCAAUACCAGUGAAACGACUGCUGCAAACAUUUCCUCCUCAUUCAAUUUGUCGCUUACCACAGAUGCCCCAGAUGCUGAAUCCUCUACCUUAACUUUGACUAGUUCCCCUGCUUACAAUGGGGGUGUUUCUGUCUUCUCUCCCAACCUCAUUUGGUUUAUUGGCGUGGUGAUUGCCUGCUUUAUAUAA